AUGGGAAUGGCUUCUGCUCUGAGUUCCUUCAACAAGAAAAGCACUUUGCUGAUGCUUACUGCACCGGUGAAGAUAAUAGGCAGGAUUCCAGCUUCGUGGGGGAGACAUGCAUGGAGUAUUGGAAGAGAAGAUCCAAGGAGAGUUGUUCAUGCUCUCAAGGCUGGGACAGCUCUCACACUAGUCUCCCUCUUGUACAUACUCGAACCUUUCUUCAAAGGAAUUGGGAAGAAUGCAAUGUGGGCUAUCAUGACUGUAGUUGUCGUUCUUGAAUUCACUGCAGGAGCAACCAUAUGCAAAGGGCUGAAUAGAGGGCUGGGAACAGUGUUGGCGGGCUCUCUAGCACUUCUCAUUGAGUUUGUAGCAGCUGGAAUCGGGAAGGUUUUGCGUGCUUUCAUCAUGGGAGCUUCAGUGUUUAUAAUAGGUGGUUCCAGCAUGGUGGUCGUCGGCUCCGCGGACUCCUUCAACAGCAUCCUUUCCAAGGUGCAAGAUGAGAAGCUACCAGCCGUGUUCUACUACACGGCGGUGUGGUGUGGACCAUGUAGGGCGAUGGCACCUUUGGUUUCAAAGCUGAGCAGCCAGUAUCCCAAGAUACCCGUGUACAAAGUUGACAUUGACAUGGAAGGACUGGGAAACAAACUCCGUGGUCUAAAUAUAUGUUCAGUGCCUACAUUCCACUUCUAUCACAAGGGGCAGAAAAUUGGUGAAAUUGUGGGUGCUGAUGCAAAGAAACUUGAAGUUGUCAUGGAAAGCCUCCACAAGUAA